AUGUCUGACGACGAAGACUUCAUGCAGGAGUCGGAUGAGGAGCAGUACGACUUCGAGUACGAGGAAGACGACGACGAGGAUUCCGGAGAUGUCGGCAUCGAGAACAAAUACUACAAUGCGAAGCAGCUGAAAGUCACCGAUCCCGAGGAUGCCAUUGUCGAAUUUCUGGGCAUACCACCAUUAGAAGAGGAAAAGGGCGAAUGGGGCUUCAAAGGACUGAAGCAAGCCAUAAAACUUGAGUUCAAGCUGGGACAAUAUGAAAAGGCGACAGAGCACUAUGCCGAGCUACUGACGUAUGUCAAGUCGGCCGUGACGAGGAACUACUCCGAAAAGUCGAUCAACAACAUGCUGGAUUACAUUGAAAAGGGGUCAGAUGGGCCCAAGGCAGUGGCGUGUGUCGAGAAGUUCUACUCGCUCACGCUCGAGAGCUUCCAAAGCACGAACAACGAGAGGUUGUGGCUCAAGACGAACAUCAAACUCGCCAAACUCCUGCUCGACCGAAAGGAUUAUAAUACGGUCACCAAGAAGCUGCGGGAUCUGCACAGAGCUUGUCAGAAAGAAGACGGCAGCGACGAUCCCAGCAAGGGCACGUAUUCUAUGGAGAUAUAUGCCCUCGAGAUCCAGAUGCACGCCGAGACCAAGAACAACAAGCAGCUCAAACGUCUCUACCAGCGUGCCCUGAAGGUCAGAUCGGCUGUUCCUCAUCCUAAAAUCAUGGGCAUCAUUCGUGAGUGCGGUGGCAAAAUGCACAUGAGCGAGGAGAACUGGGCCGAGGCGCAGACAGACUUCUUCGAGUCCUUCCGCAACUACGACGAGGCCGGAGACGAAGCCAUACAAGCAGGACCCCGGAUUACUGCCAUGACGGAACUAGUGGACGCCUACCAGCGCGACGACGUCCAUGCCUACGAGAACGUCCUCCAAAAGAACCAAGACAUCCUCGCCGACCCCUUCAUCGCCGAGAACAUUGACGAGGUGACGCGCAACAUGCGCACCAAGGGCGUCGUCAAGCUCAUUGCACCCUACACGCGAAUGAAGCUCGCCUGGAUCGCAAAGCAGCUUAAGAUCUCGGAGCCCGAGGUCCAGGACAUCCUUGGCUUCCUGAUCGUCGACGGCAAGAUCGACGGCAAAAUUGACCAGCAGGCCGGCACACUCGAGAUCCAGUCGGACGCGGAUAGCGACCGCACCAAAGCGUUGUACGAGCUUACACAGUCCGUCUCGAGCCUCUACACGACUGUGUUCAAGGAGGGUGAUGGCUUCCGGUCAACCGACUUCCCCACCGAUGAGCAAACUAUGGAGAUGAUGGGUGGCGGCAUGACGCCCAGAAGCAGCGGCCCGCGGGGUCACCCGCGUGGACCCGGACGAAAAGGCAAGGGCGUGAUGCCGUUGUGGACAUGA